AUGACUAUUCCGUACUGUAUCUUUCAAAACAAUGAUCUCUGCCCGGAAGCCUCGGCAGAACCCGCACAUGGCGCACCACCGCCUUUGAUUUCUCCGGAACCUCUUCUUCCUUCUGUCGUGCGAGUAACUGCUCGGGCGGGCAGAGCAAACGCCAAGGAGCAGGCUUCGGUGUGCAGCUUCUCUGCAUGGAAUGAAGAGGAAAAAACGCGCUCUUUGUUUGCGCUCCGCCCAUGGAUAGAGGGCGGCUCCUCCUCCAGUUUGGGUGCCGCCACGACGCUGCGUUCCCCCGCUGCCUCUACGGUUGGUGUUGGCGGGUUUUGCGAGGACGCGCGCGGGGUUCUUGGCGCGCGCAGCCGGGAGGAUUCCUUUACUCUGGAUAACGCCCUUGUGGAGACCGUGGUGCGUGGCUCUCUCUGGCAGGCGUGUCGCAGCGGCAGUGGAGGCCGGGACACCAACCAACCGGGUCGAGUAGCGGAAGCGGGCAUGCUGGAUAUGCGACGGCUGCACAGCAGGGUGCACGAACUUCGUCGAGCCCUGCAGCAGCGCCGUGAGGGGUCUGCGUCGGCACCAAAAACGUCUGUCGCAAAGUCACCCGGACUGCGAGACGUCCAAGAGCGCGGAACGGUAAGCGAGGAGGGUGCAACGUUGGACACGAGGCGUGUGUUCGCCAUCAUGACAGGGUCGGCAGAGAGGGACUCGGUCCAGCAUUUCUGUUGUGGCGGCACGGAGCCGUUCCUGGUGGGGCUCGUCUGCCGCGAACCGUCUGGCGGGUCAACGCCACGUGUCGUCUCUGUGCGCCCGUUUGCCACGGCGGGCCUAACGGGCCUUUCCGACGAAAGUGGUGGGGGGUCGGUGAGAGGCAACUUGGGAACAGAGGCCCAGGCGGAUGGACCAGAGGAAGCGUCGUUUAGUGUGAUGUUAAUAGAGGCGGAAAUGGGUCGGCUGGACGCGGCGGAGAUGCAGCUGUCACCCGUGUGGCAAACGCUAUUGUCCGUGGUUGAUUUUGUGUACGCUGCCGCGUCUCCCUCCGCCGUUGCCUGCGUCGCCUCCACGAUAAAUGGCGUGUGCUGCGCAGCCGUGGCAACCCCGGGCGUGAGGCACUUUGGCGUUGGAUGUGGCGCCCGGCCAGCGGUGCCUCCUUCCUUUUUUUACAGUGUUGUGGGAGAGGCCCCAGCGAGUAUGAAGCAGUACACUGGAAGGACGCACCGCGUUGGCGACCUUCACGCCGUGUUCGUUCAACUGACGCAGACGCAGGAGCUGCGGGCGUCGCCGUGCUGUCGGGGCCCGUUGCAGUGGUCCAUGCUCUUGGCGCACACUUGGCGUCUCACCAAGGCUGCGCACGGAGUGGCCGCAGCUUCUCCGUUGCAGCAAAGGAUGGACGCUGCCGUCGCUGCAGCUGCCGACAUGUUUGUGGCCACCGCGGAAGGCGUACUUUUGGCCAUGUACGCCAUGGAGCCGCUCCCGCCCUUGUCAGUCCGCGGGGACGCCAUCGGCGCGGUGACCGUCCUUCCGCGGGACUUCAGUCUGCAAGACGUGCUGCACACCGCCCAUCAAGUGGCGCUCCUGGCCCUUGACACGGAUGUUGCUUCUUGCGUGUUUGAUAGGUCGCUCACACCGCGGCAUGCCGCGCUUGAGGACGCGUACUGCGGUUGCCGCUACCGCACUGCCCGCGACGCGUUGAAUCUGGCGUGUCGGUUGGCGUCAGAUUCACUGAAGGAGCGCCUGUGCGCGUUCGCGGUCCACGCCGCCGCGCAGGCGCUGCGGCAGACAUCUGCGGGGACGGUCUCCGUGCUUAGCCCGGCCGGGGGCGGGGGUGGGGCGGCAGCCGCCUCCCUCUCUGCCGCCAUUGAGGACGCCACCCGGUGGAUCCACCACUUCCGCACAGCACCGCUCCUUUCCCACUAUAGGGCGCAGGACGGCGGCGACGCGAAGCAGGCGACUGUAACAGCGGCAACCGGGGCUGGGUGCAGCCCUCGACGCAGUCUCCCGUGUCGCAUGGUGGAGAGUCCCAUUAUUGCAGCCGCGGUGCCCAACGCCAAGGCCGCUGUCUUGUCGGAGUACGUGGAGCAGGCGCUGCUUCCUGCUCUACUGGGAGCUGCGCGCGAGCGUGAGUCGGUGCUUCGUGCGCAGGAACUCCGUGCGUCGGAGGCGCGAGAGGCUCUACUGCUUGCGGAGGAUAACUGCCUGCAGCUUCAGCAGCGAUGGAAGCGGGCGGAGGCCCAGCUGGAGCAUCAACGUGGAGAACUGCAGGAGGCGAAGCGGCACAGCCGCGUCCUCCAUGCACAACUCCAUGAGUCCUGCAGUUGUUUGCAGAAGCUGCUGCAGACGUGUGUUGGGUACGAGGAGACGCACGGCCGUUUUAUGCGCAGGCUGCGGUUCCAGCUAAGGCGCGGGGUUGCCACGAGCGAAGUCACGCCCGUGUCCGAUUUCACGCCGGAGGGCCCACGUCAACGUGAGACGGCGAUGGGCGUGGAAGCCCUCGUGCAGACGCCAGCGAAGGAUGCCGCCAGUGCACUUGCCGCCGCAAGCAUCCGGGAACUGACAGGGUCGUUGGGGAUUGAGGGUGAUGGAGUUAAUAACGACGUUCCAGCAGCAGCCUCUUCACCGUCGCCGCGCGGGCAAGUAGAACUCCUAAACGGAUUGCUUCGCGACGCACACCAGCACCUUGAGGCCAGCCACAAUGUGUUGCUAUGCCUCUACGAAGAUGCCCAGGCUGCCCUGCAUCAGCUGAACGCCACGAGCGCCGACGGCCGCAGCGGCGGCCGCCGCUACGAUUCCUGUCAGUCCCUCCUCUCUGCCUCGCUGCAGGCCGCGCGUACCACGACGCCUGUGCGAAGUUUAGGCCAGUCUGUGAGCGACGCAGCGAGUGAGGCGGUCUCUGCAGGGGCCUGCGAGUGCACGUCGAAGGGGUCGGCUGUCGGAGCGCCUGCGACCCCACGGCAUGCGGUGCAUCGGGAGGGCAGCGACCAACUGGCGGAGAUGAACAACUCUGCCAGGUCGUCGCCAUCGCUUGGGUGCGGUGGAAUCCGCUGUGCACCGCCCAACACGGAUGCCGCCUCGACGGACCAGUUGUCGUUGCCACGGCAGCCGCAGCAGGAGGGGGGCGAGGGAAAAGAGCGACGCCGCAGCACGCCGGUUUCCAGGUGGGCGACGGCGGUGUCGCUUCUUCCCACGCCGGACCGCGGUGUGACCUCCGCCGUGGAGGCCAUCGCCGACCUGCAGCGGCAGCGGCAGGGAACUGCGGAGGCCCUUGCCCGGCUAGAGAGGCAGUAUGCGGCGGUGACGAGGCAGUUGGAUGAACGGGGCGCCGCACUCGUUGAGGCGCAGAGGGAACACGAGGCGGAGGCGGAGCGGUGGGGCGCCGAGCGAGCGGCGCUCCUGCGCCAGCUCCGUGCAGCUGCGGAGGAGGCGCAUGCGGCAGAAGAGGCAUGCAAGGCGUCUCAGCAGGAGGUGCGGCACUGGGCACAGUCAUGGGCGGAAUUGAUGGCCGCCGCCGAGGCGGAAGCGGAGACGACGACGCUUGCCGGGCAGGCCGCUGCCUGCGCCCCCGUUGUGAGAGAUGAUGACGAUGCCGACGGGGGCAGCAAAACGGGAGAGGAUGGAAGGCGUCCUGGCGGGAAACGCGAGACGACGCCAAUCUGCGUGACGACCGCAGACGAGGCUCUUGCCGCUGGAAGACUGCGGCUCUGUGCCCUCGUGGAGCGGGUGGCAGCCACCGCGCGCGAGCAGGCCCGCGGGGAGGAGCUGCAGAAGCAGGCCAGUGUCACCGCCACUCUUCGUGCGUCGGAAGAAUCGGCGCGGAUGGCGGCGGAAGUGACUCGGCUGCAGGAGGCCCUGGCGGCGGCGGCGGCACGAGAAGGGCUGCUACGGCUGGAUCGCGAUCGGCUUGCGUUGCGGAAGGACGAAACGUGGCGUCGUCUCCACCGCAUGGAGGAGGCUUACGUGGCACUGCUUGAUGUGUGGGAGGAAGCAAUGGUGGGGCGAGGCGCACUGCUGCUGUGGCAGUGUGGUGACAUCGUCACGGCUCUCUGUGAGAAAAACGAGGCUUUGAGUGAGCAGCUGAGACAGUCGCAGGCGGAAGUGCAACAUCUGGCGGAAACUCUUUGCGGGCAGGCAGGCAUCGCUCAGCAGAGAGGGGAGGAGGUGACACGGAUGAGAGGGCAGCUGGAGCGCCACCGCGACGCCCAGUCCGCCGCAGAGAAGCACGUUUCACAGCUGCUGCGACGCCUCGACCAGCUGGCCGCGGCGUAUGCGAUGUCCUGCAGUACAUGGGAAGAAGCCAUGGCGCGGCGGUGCGAGCUCCUCCUUGAGCCGUGGGAGUGCUGCUUACAUUUCGACGCCCCACGACCACGGUGCGAGUCGCCGUCGGGGGAGGUGCCGCUGCCGCAGGAGGCGGAGGCGCAUGACCCGUGUGGGCUGCUGCACGAACUGCAACAAAAGCGGCGCCGCAUUGCGGCGUUGGAGGAGGCCCUGCGUCAAAGCAAAGUCAGGGGUGAAACGCUGGAGGAGGCGGUGGCUCAGCUGAACGCCCUGCUUGCAGCCCAGCGGGAAAUUGGGAUGGCGCCGCCGCCGUCGUCCCCGCCGCGCGUCUCGCGGGAUUUCGGGGUGUUGACGGCCUCACCCACGGCAGCCACCAACGCGGCUCCCCUGGUGAGCUCCUUCUAUGCCUCGCCCAGCCGUGUGGGAGACGCCGGCGGGAGCGACCCGCACCCGUUGCAGGCUCUCCUCGCACGUUCGCCGUCCGCUGCAGAGGAGGCGCCCGCCGUGUCGCUUGCGGAGCUGCAGCCGUUGGGCCCGGCGGGGCGCGUGGAGGAUGCCGGGGAGCCGCGGCCGCUGAGUUGGUACCUGCAGUCGCUCUCGGCCAUUGAAAGCACACUGUCGCCGUGGCGGGGAUGA